AUGUGGCCUAUAAGAGUGAUCAAAAUAGAAAAAGAUUUGUAUUUUCUGAAUGGAUGGGAGAAAUUUAUUGAGGACAACAGUCUAGAGUUUGGAGACUUUAUAAUAUUCGAUUAUGAUGGAAAUGAAAUAUUUGACAUAAAAUUACUUGGAAUAAAUGAAUGCAUAAAGAAUGGAGCUAAAUGUGACAACAAGGAGGAAGAAGUGAAUGUUGAACAUCGAAAGAGUAUAGAACCAAAAGAAAAAAACAAGACUAGAGAUAACAACAAUAGCUCAUUUGAUGAUGAUAGUACUGAUAACUACAUGAUAGAAGAAGAAGAUAAUGACGAAGAAGAGGUGGAAAAGGAAGAGGAAAAAGAUAAUGAACAGGAAGGGGAGGAGAAAGAAACUGAGGAGGAGGUGGAUGAAGGGAAAGAGGAUGAAACAGAGGAGGAAGUGGCGGAGAGAAAGGAGAAUGAAACUAAGGAGGAAAAAGAUGAAGAAGAGAAUGAAAUGACUGACACAUUCAAGAAAAAGAUGUCAGGUUCAAAAGGUAAAUACAGUUAA